UAUAGAAUUGGUGGCAUGCAUCGCACGAUUCGUUCAUGCAAACAGUUCAAAGCUAGCGUGCCGUCACUGAACACCUAUUUUGCUGUUCGCUCUCGCUAUCCGAGACUUUUCACUAGAAAAUCUAUUUGAAUCACAUACAAAACCUUCUCAAUUACUUCGUUUCAUACGCAAAACCAAUUUCAAUUGAUUUUGAACGAAAUAAACCAUUACGUCAAAAUAACAAAAGGACUGAUUUCUAUCAACACAAUUUGCUGCAUUCAUUUAUUUCCAACUGUUUUUUCCACGAAAAUAUUUUUUUUUAAACAACAAACAACCAAAAAAAAAAUCAAAAUCAACAGUGUUAUUGAUACAUUCGCCCUUCAAGAGGAAUUUCCUUUUUUGUACGUGACGUUUUUUUUAAAAAUAUUUUAAUACAAAUUGGUUACUACCGAUUAACAAUUGAAAGUGGGUGAAACGAGUGCUACAGAUCCUAAUUGUGUAAUUAAUAACCUUAUAUGAUACAAUUAAUUUUUUGCAAUAAAAAUCAUUCAUAUUUUGAUACGCAACCAAAUUACAAGUGAACAAUUAACGGUCAAAAUUGACGGAAAUUUUAUUCAAGUGAUACCGGUCAAUUGAUAUAUUGAAUUGAUUACGCCUGUCAUCGAAACGAGUGAAACACGAGCGAAAUUAACGGGUUUGAGGCAAAGAAGAAAAAUAAAUUAAACGAAAGAAUUCGAAAUUCUGUAGUGAACUUACAAAACCGUUCAGAUCACAAAGAAACCAAUUGGCAUUUAUCAAGACAAAAGAAAGAGAGAGAAAAAAACGGUGAAAUCAUCUGGUGGAAAAAGAGUCAAACGUGAACAAAAGAUAAGUGCGCGCAUACGAAGUGACAAAUUGCUUUAAAAAAAAUAGCAGCAACAACGUUUCAAAAAAAGCAAAUCGCAUUUAUCCGAAGAACAGUGGCUGCGCCAUCCAUACGCUGAAAGAAAGGAGAAGAGAAGUAAAGCGAAAAAAAAGCGUUAAAGAAAAAAACACAUCAAACAACUGUCAUUGAAAUGUGGUCACCUAGUUUCUGGUUGAACAUUUGAAAAGAAAAACUGUUCAGCGGCAACAAAUGAGUGAAUGAAUUUGUAUCUCUCGUUGACUAUUGAAAGUGAUUUCGUAUCUCAUGAUUGCUCUUUUCCAUUACAUUGCAUGCAAUGCAAAUGUCUAUGUGUGUGUGAAUGAACACAACGGUUUUUAGUUUGGUGUACAAUAUUCAUUGAACCCAUAUAAAAAAAGAGACUCUUGCAUUGAGACUGUGAUUUGAUUACUCUUGAUUGCAUUACGAUUGACCAAAAAGAAGGAAAGCAUAAAGGCACUUGAGACAAACAGCAAAAGCGGAGCGAGAUAGACAAAUCGAAUAAUUCGUGCGAGUGCGUAUCUCAUGUGUGACAAUUGGAAGCAAAAAAAAAAUAAGCACGACAAAAGAAGAGAAAGAGCGUAGAGAGAAGUAACAAAAUAAAUCGUGCAAGUGGCUACAAUUGUGGUACGUGUUCACGUUAACAAGCAAUCAGCUAUAUAACAAUAUACAAACAACGCGCUUACACUUGAAACAUAAGUAGCAAAUAGAUACUACUACGUACAGUAACCAAGUAGCUGCUCUCUCUCUCUAGCGCACAACUCAAACUCAAACUCAACGCAGAUCUAACAGCAAAGAGAAGAAAAAAAACCUACAACAAAGAGCAAAGAAGCGAACAAAAAGCAAAAAAAAAAGUGAAACGGUUAACAUAUUUUUUCUUAUAGUUGUGCUUAACCGUUGUGUGUGCUGUUUUUUAUAUUUAUUUUGUAUCUCCUAUUAUUUUCGUUUCGUUGUGCGGCUGCCACAGUGAACGAGGCAAGAAGAAGAAGAAACGAAUUGCGUGAAUUGUGUGAAUGAAUUUGCUUGAGAGUCAAUACACACUAUUUGUACAAACUAAAAAAUAAACCGAAAAGACAGAGAAGAAAAACUCCAUCGAGUUCGCACAAACGACAACAACGUCGACGACUAUAAUUCAAGUUAACUUUCAAUCGAGAAUACAUUGAGGGAAAACAGUUAACAUCAACCGAAGGAAAAACAUAGUUUAUCGAAGAAUAUUAUUGUACUUGUUUGAAUGUGUGCUGUUGUGCCAAAGUAAAAGAAGACGAAAACAAAACGUGAUUAACGCACAAAGUGUACUUUUCCGAUAGUGUCAGUAAAAAUCCAAUGUUUUGUUAACAUAACGCUUUUACACCGAUCAACGUGCACAGUGCUUUUCAUUUUCGAAACGAGUGAUCGAAUAUAUAUAUCUCAGAGAUUGAACAACGCUAAAACAUUGCCUAAGUUGAUUGAAUACAGUUCCAGUAGCUUGAAAGAAAGAAAAACAACGCGCAAAUAUCGUUCGAACGAAAAACUGUGAAUCGAUGAACGCUAACCAUUUUAAUGCAUUUUUAAUUUUACAAGUGCUGAUGUUGGUGUUUGUGUGUGCGUGCGCGAAAACAAGUCAACCAAAACGCCAAAUCCAAAGUGAUUGAUGUAAACAACAACAAAAAAGACUAUAAAGAAAUAAAUGGUCAAGCCUAUAAUUAGGUGCUUAUUCGUUUGAUGAAAAACAAUUUCAGCAAACUGACAGAAAUAAAAAAAAACACUGAAGAACGGCGUGCUCGCGACAACUAUGAAACAAUUUCGGUUGUGGUAACCACUUAAGAACACUCGAUUGAAAUCCAUUCAAAUCUGACAAUUCAAGCAUAUUGAGUUCAGUGUGAGUUAAUCAACCGUGACUGCGCACGAAAUUUUUCAUAAAAUCAAAACAAAAAAAAUAUGACUUAAUAUUUCCAAAUUUUCUAUGAAAUCAGUGAGAUUGAAAAAUACAAUUGAGAAAUGAACCAAUUUUUUUUUUAAGUUUUAGAAAUAAAGAGUUGGAUUUUUUUCUAUUCACCAAAGUAACAAACAAACAAAAAAACGAAACUCUUUCGAAAAAUAAACUGAAAAAAAGAGAGUGGCGCUUCCUUUGAAUUUAUAUGCACUGUGGGAAUUUCCGUGCAACGGCUGUAAAGCGAUAAAAAGUCAUAAAUAAAGAAGCUCCUUUCGAAGGGAAGCAAAUUUUUUUCAUUACACACACUUAACCGUGUGUAGCCGAGAACCGUAGCAAGGAUCCAACCGAAUAAACGGUGUUUUGAUAAGCGCGCAAAACAGCAAACAACCGAAAAGAAGAGGCAACAAGAGAAAAACGAGAACGAACGAGAAAAAGGGAACAGAAAAGCCAAACAAUAUGACACUUCCGACAACAAGCUUGAAUGCCACUGACGACGAUUCCGAUAUGUUUGGACCACCUCGCACAUCACCAUUACGUUAUACACGGCCGCGCGUACCCAUGAUAUCGGCAAAAUUACGUUUACGCGAAGAACGCAAGAGAAUAUUGCAGCUAUGCGCCCACAAAUUGGAACGUAUUAAGGACUCCGAAACGAAUUUACGACGAAGCGUGUGCAUUAAUAACACCUAUUCACGUCUAACGGACGAGGUGCGCCGAGAGAAACAAAGUCGAUAUUUAGCCAAUUUACCAAAAUCUGAAAUCACAAACAACCAAACCGACGACUUCUUCAGUUCGUUCAGUACACACGAUGAAUCUCUAUUGGACACCCAUUCGAAUGACAUCCUGUCGAACCAAUCGUUUUCACAUAAUCACGAUAUGUUGCAUCCGAUGGCGCACAACAAUCAACACUCAAACUCAAUGUCCGACCCAUUGUCCAGCUACUCCACGCACACAACGACCACCACAUCAUGUUCGCGUUCGUCACGAUGCGUGGACACUGAUCUCGAAACAUUGGAUCGUGAAUUGAAUGCCCUGGACGCCGCAAUGCCAUUGGUUGACCCAGAAAUCACACAAGGUGCUGAGCAAUUAGAAAAGGCAAUUUCACGUAAACGAUCACGAUCCGAAGAGGACAAUGACCGUUUGGUGCGCGAAGCACUAUCCACAUUCUCACAUUACCUGCCAAGUCCGCGUUUACUUUCCGGCAUCGACGAUUGCCCGUUGUUAAUGCCAUCCGAUUCGAAACGCUACAAAACCGAUUCAUCGUCCAGCUCAUCCAGUCUCAGUCUAUCCAGCGAACAUCUACUCGACUUCGAUUUCGAUCACAAUCACAAUCAAAGCCAAAAAGAAUUCGAAGUCAUUAUGGACGCACUACGAUUGGGCGGCACAUCACAAUCCAGCAACAGUUCAUCGUGCAACGAUUCAUGCGGCCAAGCAGCAAUGCUCAGUGAAAACGGUGGUGUUUUUCACAAUUUAGUCGCAUCGCUAGAAACAUGAAACCCGGAGUAUGAACACAGUUCGCAACGGAACCAAACUGGAAAAAAAAUAUUUUCACCCAUUUUUUAUGCUUAAUCACCCGAACGCGUUUUCAUAUUCCUUUUUUUUUAGAAAAAAAAACUGAUGAAAACAACCAGUCUAUUCAUGCAUGGCAGAAAAAGUAAAAAAAAAAAAUCAUAAAACAAAAAAAACACAGAUCAGAUGAAAUUAUAUUUACCUAAUUUAUAUACACAGAUACAUACGCAUUAAAAGUCUAAAAUGUGCAUAGCGAUACGUAAAUAUAAGACAGAGAAACAGUUAACGUUUAACUGAACAGCAUACAAUUUACACAAUAUUAUUUGAACAAAACAACAAGAGAGAAAAAAAUGAAUUCAAAACAAAGUAACACAUGAAGAAAAAUGGCAAAAUUCGUUUUAAAUGGAACUUUUUUUAGAGUUUUUAAUGCCUAAGAUGUGUAUGGAAUAUAUGCAUCGGAAUUUAAUUUUUGUACAGUAAAAUGCAAUUUGAUGUGGCAAAUAUGAUGUUGGAUGAUGGAAAAUCCACAUUUAAAAAUAAUAAUGAAAAAAAGCAACAACAAAAAUGGUAUUCAUAGUUGAAUUAAAACGAAAUGUUCACACACAAAAUACUAAAUCAACAAACAGUAAAAUAAUUCAAAAAAAAAAAAACAAUAUGGAACAUCAUGAACCAAGUUACUCAAAAACAUAGUUAAUAGAGAGUUUUUACUAAAUUUAUAGGCAAUUAUUAUGUUAUAACCGAAGAAUAAGGCAAAGAAAAGAAUAACAAUGAAAAAUGAAGCAAAACGAGGUGUUAUUAUUAGAGAUAUUCGUUUUUUUGUUUAAAUUAAUCAUUUAUAUAUUUACCCGAAAAAUCAAGUAAAAAAAAACUCAAACGAAAAAAAAAUCAUUUCAAUAAAUCGAUAGGUUUAACUCUAUAUAGCAAGAUGAAGAAUAUGUAUCGCAAUACAAACGGCAAUUAUCCAAAGUGCUUAAAACAUGAUGAAAGUAAAACUAAACAAAAAUGUCAAAAUGAUAAAUUCGAUUAAUACGAAGUGUAAUCUUAAUCCAAAACGGUUUUUACCUAUCCACUUCAUAAUUCUCCUUUCGUUUUAUUUUGAUCGUUGUCCAAAUGAAGACAGACAAAUGAAGAACACACAGACACAAAAUCAAUUUGAAAUCAGUAUAAUAUAAUUUAUGCUCACAAAUGCUUUGCAUUUUACUUCGUCAAUCGAAAAAAAAAAAAAUUUUAGUUACGUAACACAAAAACUCAUCAAUCGCAAUCAUUUCCAUGACCAUUGAACGUUUAUUAUAGAUAUUUAGAUCCAUUCAAAUUCCGUCGCAAAAACAACAACCAAUCACACAUAAAAUUUGUAAAACAAAAACUCAUUGCAUCAACUACGGUUUCUCAAUUAUAUAGUCAAAAUGAAGUAGAAACAGAGAAAAACAAACACUUAUUUCCUCCAAAUUGCACCCAGCAGCUCUUCUGUAUGCAAAGCAUAUCCAAUACUUCCAAACUGAUUCUCUUUUUCAAUACGAUAUAUUUGUUUUUGUCUUAUUUGUGUACAUUUUAACCGAAUUUUUGCCAAAAGAUCAUUUUAUGUUGCUUCUUAAAAUAAAUUAUUAAUUUUUCUUUUGUUUCGCAAUUCUUGUUUGUCGACAAACGAUCGAUUCUUUAUUUUUUAACACUAAAGUCUGUUAGUCAAAUUCUUUUGAACGUUUCUUUUUAUAUUUUUUUUCUAGAAGACUCCUUAAUUUAAUAAUUUAUCUACACACCAUAAUUCAUUGAGAAAAAGAUAAGGAAAGAAAAAACAAACCGAAACACAUACACACAAACAUAGAGAGUAAUCUCUGUCUCAAUAUGAAUGAAUAAAUUUAUUAACUAUAACAAAUAAAUAUGCAUAAAUUCUAACAUGUAAACUGUAAUUCAUUAUCCAGACGAUCUAUUAUUUAAUGAAUGUUUCCAUUUCUUUUUCUUUUUUAAAUUAUAAAUCUAUUCAAAAUGUGUGUAUAUUGUACACCCAAAACAAUGAAGUGCGAAGAAUAUACUAUGUAAUGUACAUUUAACGGUUUAAGUGAAACAAUGCUAGAGUAUAUAGAGAAAGACAGAUGAAUGAGACAACGGUUGUGUACGAAGGUUGAAUUAAAUAAGAAUGCAAGCACGAAAAAAAAGCAGCAACAACAACAACAACAACAAAAUGAUAUCCGACAGAAUAAAAUCACCUUCGACAACAUACGAUACAUCAUCACACAUGGAAUCAAGCAGGAAAAAUGCAAAAAAUUCGUUGUCGUGUAAAUAAAAUGGAUGAAGAAAAGAAAAAUUGCUAAAAUAUAUUUCAACAAAAAAACACAACAACAACAAAACUGUAUUAUAUUACUUCUAUACGAUAUACUAUUACUAUUAAUUAUUCUAUUAUCUUGGAAAAUUACCUUAUGUGAAAUAUGAAGAAAUCAAAUAAACACAAAUGCAUAAUAAA